UUUCUAAUUCUUUUUCUUCCUUAAAAAAUCUUCUUCUUCUUUCUUCUUCGACUCUACUUACUACCUCAGAAAUUCAAAUCCAGUUAAACUAACCCAAAUCAAAAUUAGGGAUUUGAAGGUGAAACCAUAUGUCACUAAACUGAAAAAUGGGUACUGAUACUAUCAGAAGAACAAAUGAAGAUGAUGAUUCUUCAUCAAUUUCUUCUUCUUCUUCUUCUUCUUCUAUAUCUGCUACUCAAAUCACUGCUGUAGCUGUGAAAGGAAACAGUAAGAGCAGCAAAAUAGCAGUUCGUUGGGCAAUUGAUAAUCUCAUGAUUCAUUCUUAUCAUCAUCAGCUUCUUCUUAUUUAUGUCAUGCCUUCUAUUACUUCCAUUUCAACUACUUGGAAACGUACACCUGUGAAUGAAAUGGAUGUGAAUGUGGUUGAUAAUUAUAGGAGAAACAUGGAAUUGAAAUGUGAAGAAAUCUUUCUACCAUAUAUGGCAAUGUGCAAAACAGGAAAGAUGGAUACAUUGGUUUUGGAGGAUGAUAAUCCUGCGUACGCGUUGCUGAGAUAUAUAUCGGAAUCGGGUUGUAACAAUUUGGUGUUGGGGUCUUCGUCGAGUUACUUUACAAGGAAAUUCAAGAGUGAGGAUGUACCAACAAAGCUUAGGCAAUUCGUUACAAAGACGUGCAAUAUUUAUGUUGUAUCAAGAAACAAACUCAUUACGAAGUUAGCGGAUUGUUCCUCGAAUGCUGGGACAAGUGAUAGAAAUAGUAUGCGGACAGUAACAGAUACAGAAUGUUCUAGUACCAGUGGGGAACAAACAUAUGGUUUUCAUUCUCGUUCAGUGUCAGAGGUUGAUAGUAUCUCUGAAGCAUCAUCAAAUAUGUCUAGUCCAGAAAGGACAAAUAGGGUCUCUUUUGGUAGUUCGAGUGCUGAGUUUAAUUCGGGAAAGAACCAUCAGAGGAUUCAGAAUUUUGGCAGUAAGGAACUCGAAUUUCCAAUAUCUGGAAAUUACGAUUUCAUGGCUUCUUAUAAGGAUGCUAAUCAGGCUAAGCACCAGAUUGAAUUAGAAGGACUUCAGUUAGAACUACGGAGUACUCAUGACAUGUAUGAUCGAGCUUGUGAGGAUCUGAUUCAUGUCCAGAAGAAGGUCCAGGCACUGUCUUCUGAAUGUGCUGAAGAGGCAAGGGAAUUACGUGCUGCUAUGGAAAGAGAAGAACUGUGGAAACAAACUGCUAAAGAGGAGAACUCCAAGCAUUUGGAAACUGUAAAAGAACUUGAGCUAGCAAAAAAACUGCUUGCAAAGGAGGUUUAUGCGAGACAAAGAGCCGAAUUGAGCGUCGUGACCAACUCCUCAGAAAGACAGGAGUUAGUUGAUGCUCUCCUUUUGGGGGAUAAAAGAUAUAAAAGAUACAGUAGGGAUGAAAUAGAGGUUGCCACUGAAUUUUUCUCGGAAGCCAAAAAGAUAGGUGAAGGAGGAUUUGGGAAAGUGUACAAAUGCAGCCUCGGUCAUACACCAGUCGCUGUCAAGGUUCUUAAACCAGAUGAAUCUGACAGGACCAAGAAAGAAGAGUUCUUGAUGGAGGUUGAAGUUCUUAGCAAACUACGCCAUCCUAACUUAGUUUUACUGCUUGGAGCCUGUCCAGAAAUUGGUUCUCUAGUUUACGAAUACAUGGAAAAUGGAAGUCUAGAUAAACGCCUGUUCUGCCAUGGAGGAACUCCACCUCUUCCUUGGUUUGUGCGAUUCCGAAUUGCUUAUGAAGUAGCUUGCGGUCUGUCAUUUCUACAUCGUUCAGUACCGGAACCAAUCAUUCAUCGGGAUUUAAAACCAGGGAAUAUACUGUUAGACCGAAACUAUACAAGCAAAAUUGCAGAUGUUGGGAUAGCUAAGUUUCUAUCUGUUGUUGUGCCUGACAAUGUUACAGAGUAUAGAAACUCUAUUCUUGCAGGUACACUGAAUUACAUGGAUCCUGAAUACUAUAGAACUGGUACAGUCCGACCCAAAUCAGAUGUAUAUGCUUUUGGAGUGAUUGUAUUGCAGCUUUUGACUGCUCGCCGUGCAAAUGGGUUGUGUGUGGCUGUUGAAAAUGCGAUUAGAAGUGGUUCCUUUCAUGAUGUUUUAGACAAGUCAAUUUCAGAUUGGCCACUUGCUGAGGCGGAGGAAUUAGCUUGCAUUGCUUUACAAUGUUGCAAACUUAAAUGCAGAGAUAGACCUGAUCUUGAUUCCACAGUUUUGCCAGUGCUCGAAAAGCUUUCAAAUCUAGCCACCGUUCAGCUAAAGAAGGGAAAUAUCACUCCGAGCUACUUCUUCUGCCCUAUUCUCCAGGAGAUAAUGGAAGAUCCAUACAUUGCAGCGGAUGGAUUUACGUACGAGUACACUGCUAUAAGAGCAUGUCUUGAGAAACAGAAGGUAUCUCCAGUGACUAGGCUCAUGCUCCCACACUCUAAGCUUACCCCAAAUCAUACAUUACGCUCUGCCAUACAAGAAUGGAAGCAACAUAAUUCAAGUUACUGAACAACAGUCGAUAGGCGUAAUAGAUGGAACUAUAACUUGUAGAUUUUUUUAUUUAAUUCUCCCACACCCUUGGGAUAUAUGAAUUUUCCGCAGUUCUCUGCCUGCUCAUUACAACAAUAUACAUAUUGAUAAUCUGAGAUGUAUUGUAAACAUUACAGAUGUAAACUUAGUUACAUUUCGAAAUGCUUAGAUUAUUUGAUAUUAA